AUGAUUUAUGUAGCAACACUCAGCUCAGAUUAUGAAAGUCGAAAGAAGGAAGAUAAUAUAAAAGGGAGGAGAAAAUUAUGGCGAAUAAGUAUAUUUAAAAUAAUAUUGAUUAUAUUAUUUUUAUGUUUAUUUAAAAAGAAUGAUGUUUUAAUUUUGAAAGACGAAUGUUUUGACGAGUAUAAUAAUAGUAGUAGCAUAUGGGUAGCUCCUUUUGUUAGUAUGAAAGAUUUUGUUAAAAGAAAAUGUGGGAAUUAUAUAUAUAUGUAUAUUUUUGAUAUGAAAAAAGAUGGGAUUGUAAAUAUAGAAAGUACAUUUUUGGAGACACUUCAUAAUAAUAAUAAUAAUUAUUAUUAUAAUGAUAUUGAUUUGAAUCGUAUGAAAUAUAUGUAUCAUGACACAUGUUUUAUAUCGAAUAAAAGAAAUAAUUUGAAAAGGAAUAAUUUUUGUAAUAUUGCCAAUAUAAAAGAUUUUGAUUGUUCCUGUGGGGAAAAGAAAAGAUAUCGAAUUUUACAAGAAGUAAAAAAAAAAGACUCUAGAAGAAAAAGAGGAGAUAAAAAGAGAAACGAAGAAUAUAAAGAUGAUUCAGAUGAUAAUUCAGAUGAUAAUUCUGAUGAUAAUUCUGAUGAUAAUUUUUAUGAUGAUGAUGGUGAUGAUGACGAUGAUGGUAAUAAAAAUCAAAUGCCAACAGCUUCUAACGAAGUUUCUGAAGGUAUAGUAUUUUUUUGUUUUAUAUUCAUUUCAGCUACCAUGUUACAAUUUAUAUUAUCGAAGAUUCACAAAUUUAAUAUCCCUGUAUCCGUUAUUUGGUUUUUAUAUGGAAUGUGUACUUAUGUAAUAGCUAAAAAUUUUAAUAUGUUUGAAGAGAAUACCUUACAUAAAUCUAUAAUUAAUGCUAGGAAUAUUGAUUCUUCAGUUUUAUAUUUUGUUCUUUUGCCUAUAUUAUUAUAUGAAGCUACUCAAGAUAUAAAUUAUUAUGCUUUUAAGAAUUUUUUAUAUGGAGGUAUAGGUUUAGCUGUUGUGGGUGUUGCUUUACAAGUAGGUAUAUUAGGUAUAUUGUUUUAUUAUACUUUUAUGUAUAGACAAGAGCAGAGUCCAUUAUCUAGUAGUUUUUUACUAGCAUCUAUUUUAUCUUCCACCGACCCUGUAGCUGUGUUAUCUAUAUUAAAUGUGGUUGAUGCUCCGUCUAAAAUAAGUUCUAUGUUUCAUGUAGAAUCUUUAAUAAAUGACGGUAGUUCAGUGUUGUUGUUUCAAUUUUUUUUUUAUUUAACUAUAGGAUAUAAAGCGAAUACUUCCCAAUAUGCUGUGUUGUUUGUAAAAUUAUUAUUUUUAAGUCCUGUUUUUGGUAUAGGUAUGGCUAUGAUAACUUUUGCAUGGAUUAAUUUAUAUAGGAAACAUUAUUAUAAUCAGUGUUUAGCUACGAUAACAAUGUGUUAUUUAUGUUAUUUUGUAUCAGAGUAUUAUUUGAAUUUAUCAGGGCCAUUGUCUAUUGUAUGUUAUGGAUUAUUUAUUAAUGCAUAUGGUCAUAUUGCGUUAGAUGAAAUAGCUCAAAGAAAACAUAAAGAAAUUGUUGAAUUGUUAGCGUUGAUGGGUAAUUCUAGUAUUUUCAUUAUAUCAGGUAUCAUAUCAUUUGGUAUGAUGGAGAAUGUGUUUAAAGAUAAUUUAUAUUUCUUUUUAUAUAUUGCCUUGACAUAUGUAUAUUUAUUACUAGCACGUUCUGUUAUGAUAUUAAUCUUUACUCCUUUCCUUUCAAAAAUAGGAUAUGAGGUGAAUUGUAAGGAGAUUCUGUUAUUAAUAUGGGGAGGGUUGAGAGGUGGUAUUGUGUUAGUCUUAGGACUACGUAUAGAAGCAGAGAAUAAGAUAAAUGAGAAAUUAACAAAAGAGUUAGCUUAUUAUAUAAGUGGUAGUGUUUUAUUAAUCUUAACUAUUCAAGGAUUAACUUUUGAAUGUUUAUAUAGAUUUUUGAAUAUAUAUCCACCUAAUCCUUUUCGUAUUGUUUAUUUAGAAAAAGUAUUAAAAAUGAUAGAUUAUAAUUUUUAUAUACGAAAAAAGAAUCUAAAGAAUUAUUGGUUAUUUAAAGGUACGAAUAUUUUACAUUUCUCAAGUAAAAUUGUACCAGAAUUAUAUUGGAGGAAAAUGAAUAAAUAUGGUGAGUUUGAUUUACGAUUACCAGAUAUUUAUACUUGUCUUCAGGAUAUUCGUACAUGUGACAUAUCUUUUUGGGAACGUUCGUAUGACUCUCACACUUUUAUAGAGAGUUUCGAUGAUUAUUCGUGUAAUGAAAAAAGGCCCAGGGAAAAAAAUAAAAUGGAAAAGGGUGUUAUAUCAAAUUUGGAUUUGAAGGGUAGGACCAUGAACGAAAUCGACAUGGUCCACGAUAAUAAUAAUAAUAAUAAUAUGAGAGAUGAUAAUGUAAGAGAUGAUAAUAUGUGUGAUAAUAAUAUGUCUAAUAAUAAUACGUGUGAUAAGGAUGGAUAUACAGAUAAGAGAAACAAUAAUAUACAAAAUGACGACAACAAUAAAAAUUAUAAAAAUAAUAAAAAUUAUAAAAAUAAUAAAAAUAAUAAUAACAAGGUUGAUAAUAAUGAUCAUGAAAAAGAAAAUAAUCAUAUGUAUAACAAUACACAUAACAUCACAAAUUUAAGUAAAUUAUAUAAUGAUGAAUAUUAUAACAAAGGAAAGAAUUGUGAAAAUGCAAAUAUAAAUGGUGGAGAUAAUAAAAAAAAUGUAUACGAAAAUUUGAGAGACAAAACUAACUUUUUUAAUGAUUUAACAGGAAAUGAAGAUACUAGUGAUGUGUAUACUUAUUUAAAUAAGCAUAGUUAUAAUAAUGUGAGUAAUAUUCGUGGUGUGUAUAAUUAUUAUUAUGGUAAUAAUAAUAAGUAUAAUAAUAAUCAUAAUAAUAAAAAUAAUAAUAAUAAUAUUCAUAAUAAUAUUCAUAAUAUUCAUAAUAGAUAUAGAAGCUUAAAUGUUAUAAGCAGAAAAAUUAGCAUUGACAAUUCAUAUAAAGGAGAAAUGAGAAUUAAUGUCAUAAGAAAUAAUGAUAAUUACUAUAGUAGUUAUGAUGAUGAAGAUCAUAAUUAUACAAAUAUUAAUAGAUCUUUAUCAUCGAAAAAUUUUGAUCAUUUCAGUAAUAAUUUAAACGAAUUUACAGAUAAUGUAUCUUCAUGUUCUGAUAAAGCAUUUGAUCAUGUUAAAAUAAAAAAUUUAAAUGCUUUUAAUUUUGAUAAAAUAGCUGUAAAGGAUUAUGAUAAAUUAAUUAAGAAAAUGAAUUAUAGAGAAUUUAAAAGAACAAGAACCGAGAAAGAAGAAAAUUUUAAUGUGAUAGAUAAUAUUGUUAAUAGUAAUAAAGAAACGUUCAAUCCAAAAUAUAAUCUUAGAUUAAUUGAACAUGCUACACAUCUACCGAAAACGUUAAGCGAUAAUUUGUUGAUGAAAAGUAGUAUAGAGCAGGAUGAUCCAUAUGAUAAAGAUCAAAAGAAAAAAAGAAAAAAAAAAAAAAAAGAAAAACAAAAACAAAAAAAAAAAGAAAGAAAAAAAAAUUUCUUAAAUUUUAGAGGAGAUGAUAGUGAAGAAGAUGGUCCUAUUGAUAAUAGUAAUCCUGAUAGUAGCGAAGAAGAAGAAUUUAAACAAGAUAAAGAAAAAAGUAUAAAGCAAAAAAAUAAUAAUAAUAAUAAUAAUAAUAAUAAUAAAAUACAUAACAAAGAUAGUAGUGAUAAUGAUGCUGAUAUAGAAGAAGUCGAAGGCGAAUCAGAUGAUAUGAGUAAUAUUAAUUAUGAUAAUAUAACUAAAGAAGAUGAAAAUUUAUUAAAUGAAUAUAAAGAUAUAAAGAAAAAAAUGGAUGAUAAAAGUGAUUAUUAUGAUUCUAGAGAAAUGUUAAAUUUAGAUGAAAGAAAUAAAGACUUGAUAAUGAGUGAUAAUUUUAUUGUAAAAAUCCCUGUUGAUAUAUCGAAUGAUGAUAGAGAAAUCAUUAAAAAAAAUAUGAAGUCUAAUGAAAAUAUCAAGACAAUUUCGGUAGAUGCCCUAUAUAAUGAUGAUGAUAAAAAAAAAAAAAUAAGUGGUAGUAAUAAUGAUAAUAAUGAUAACAAUAAUGAUGAUAAGAAUAAUAAGAAUGAUGAUGAUAACCAUAAUGAUAAUCAUAAGAAUGAUGAUGAUAACCAUAAUGAUAAUCAUAAUAAUGAUGAUGAUAACAAUAAUGAUAAUCAUAAUGAUGAUGAUAAUAAUAGUAGUCAUUAUAAUAAAGAAAAGGAAGCCAACUUCAACGAAUAUUUAACAUAUCAAAACCUAUUUGCUCUACAGAAUGAAGAUAAUAAUAUUAUAAAUUUCUUUAGUAAUGAUAAAAAAUAUAAUUCAAGAAAAAGUACGAAAAAACAUUCUUCCGCUUUUAAUAUUUCAACUAAGGGUACUAAUGACAAAAGUUUAUUUUUGUUAAAUAAUGAUAUAGAUAAAAAGAAAAAGAAAAGUUUAAAAUUAUUUAAUAGAGUUAAUAAUAAAUCUUCUUGCAGUGCUUGUUCAGGAGGUUUUAAUUUUGGUCCAUGCACUGCAAGACCUAAAAAAAAAAUGUGUGAACAUUAUCAUGAACAUGUUCGUAAGUAUCAUGCUGAUAAUAAAAAAAGAAAAAAGAAAUAUGAUAAAAAAAAUAUAAAAGAAGGAUAUGAUGGUAACUCAUGUUUUAGUAGUAAUAAUAUAGGAAAUGAUGACAUAAAUAAUAAAAAGGAUAAUUUUGAAUUUGGAAAUGAAAAUUGUACUUUACCAAGAAAUAACACAGCAGAUUUUACACCACAGAGAUAUGAUACUGAUCAAACGAUCAAUUUUGAAUGUAUCGAAGAAAUGUGUCAGAAAAGACAUGGUGGUAUACCUUUUUAUAGUUUUUUGAAAAGGCCUAAAAUAAAAAUAAAGAAUAAAUUAUUUAAUGAAUUGAGAAGAGCAAGAAGCCACGAAAGUUAUGUUAAUAAAGAAAAGGUUAUUAAAAAAAGAGAUUAUAUUAAUUAUAAUACAUUGAAAAAAAGAAUGAUAAGAAAAGAAAGAGAAGGAGAAUUAUAUAUUAUGAUAUUUAAUACUUGUAGAGAAUUAUAUAAAAAAUUAUAUGUUAAUGGAUUUAUAUCUGGAGAAUGUUUAUUAACGCUUACAUCUAUUUUAGAUUUAUCAGCUGAUUUCGCUAUUAAAAAAGUUAGAAUGAAUCCUAUAAAAGCAUGGGCAGAUGCAUUUGAUAAAGGAAGAAAACAUAAAAGAAGAAGUACUAGAAGAAAUAGUAUAGAUCAUAGAAAUGGAUUUGAAUAUGAAUUUCAUAUAUUAUUAUCAAAAUUAAAAAUUAACAAAAAAAAUUUCUUUUUUUUCUCACCUAAGGUAGUCAAUAUUUUCCUUGUAUAUGAACACUGUAUGAAAGAUCUACAAAUCAUUUUGUCAUAUGUUGAUGUUCAUCAGUGUACAUUAGAUAAGGGGGGUAUUACAAUGAAAUUACUUCUGGGAAAAAACUUGCUUAGAAGUUAUUAUAGAAAUAUAGAACUAGCCAAAAAUUUAAUUCCACAUCUUGUUCGGAAAUAUAAAGACGUGGUUAAAUAUUGCCUUAUCAAAAUAGGGACCGAUAUGUUAUUACAUUUGAAAAAAACGAUUGUUAAUGAACAAGCAGCCAACGGACUGCUUUUAUCACAAGAUAACGAAAAACUGAAUGGAAUUUUCGAUGAGCAACAAGUAAAAAUUAAUAGAUAUAGACCUUACCUACACUAUUUUUUAAAAAAAAAUAUUCUAAAAAGGUUUAUAAAAUGA